GAAGGAAAGUGUGGAAGUUUAACCCUUCAGCACCACAUGUUGGGGCCUGUGCAGCGCAUCCCACGAUAUGAGAUGCUGCUUAAGGAUUACCUCCGCAAACUGCCUGAAGACUCCUUCGACAGAAAGGAUGCAGACAAGUCUCUAGAAAUUAUUUCAACUGCUGCAAGUCACUCCAAUACAGCGAUUAGGAAAAUGGAAAAUUUGAAGAAGCUGUUGAUGGUGUAUGAAAUGCUGGGAGAAGAGGAGGACAUCGUCCACCCAUCCAAUGAGUUUAUAAAGGAAGGACAGAUCAUGAAGCUUGCUGCUCGCAACACAUCGACCCAGGAGAGGCAUCUCUUCCUGUUCAACAACAUGUUGCUGUACUGUGUGCCCAAGUUCAGCCUGGCCGGAGGAAAGUACUCCGUACGAACAAAGAUUGGUCUGGAGGGGAUGAAGGUGGUGGAGACGCAAAACGAAGAUCACCGACACACGUUCCAGAUCUCUGGUAAAGAGAGGACAUUGGAGCUUCAGGCUGGUUCAGAACAAAUCAAGGUGGAAUGGAUCAAGGUUUUGAAUGACGCCGCCACAGAUUUCCAGCAGAGGAACGAAACUUUCCUGAUAGCUAAAAAAGUUGAUGAGGCUCCACUGGAGGUUCCGAGUGCUGAACUGGGACUCCGAGCACCACGGUGGAUUCGGGACAAUGAAGUGACAAUGUGCAUGAAGUGCAAAGAACCAUUUAAUGCCCUGACACGGAGGAGACACCACUGCCGGGCCUGCGGCUAUGUGGUUUGUUGGAAGUGCUCUGAUUACAAAGCUCCUCUAGAGUACGAUGGUAACAAACUCAACAAAGUUUGCAAGGAUUGCUACCAUAUAUUGCGAGGCAGUAAUGACAGCGAGGAAAAAGAGAAGAAGAAGGGGAUCCUGGAGAUUGAGUCUGCAGAGGUGUCAGGAAACAGCGUAAUCUGCAGUUUUCUCCAGUACAAUGAAAAAUCCAAACCCUGGCAGAAAGUUUGGUGUGUGAUCCCUAAACAGGAGGCACUUGUGUUGUACAUGUAUGGAGCACCACAGGAUGUGAAGGCCCAGACCAGCAUCCCGCUUCUGGGCUACCUCGUUGACGAUUCCCCUCGUGGGGUAGAUAUGCAGUUCAGCUUCAGACUGUCCCAGUCUAAGUCGACACACUGCUUCUCUGCUGACACCGAGGAACUGAAACAGAGGUGGCUUAAGGUCAUCAACCUGGCCGUGAAAGGGUUAACUCAGGAAGAUAUAGAAGAUUACAGUACCGAAGAUGGACAGUUGGAAGGUUCUCAAUAGCUUCCAGAGUCUUACUCUCGUAUCACAAUCAAUUAAGACUAAACAAUUUGUACAUAUUGAAGACUGGCCAUGCUUGAUGGAAAAGCUGCGGACUUUGGAUAUUCGGCUGCACGCCCGAUCACAAAAUAAAAUUGAAAAAAAUCCUUCUCAGUGCCAACAAUGUUUAACCCUGAGACAUUGUCGAGAAACUGGUUCGCGUAUCUUGCUGGCAAGAGACACUAGUAAGAUGAAAACUGUGAUUUGUGCAAGACCUUGAUAGCACUACAUAUUGUUAUGCUCCAGAUCCUCGAAAUUCAAGUUGCGCCAUCGUCUGCAAAGCUAUUCCAUUCGUCGCA